AGGCGCGGGCCCGCCCCGGAGCCUCGGCUUCGCUCGGCGGAAUGCUGCUGUCGGUGCCGCCGCGCGCGGGGCUCCCCCCGUUCACAUACAACAAGAGCGGAAAGAAGCAGCCCUAUGUGGCACCGGCACAGCCGCUGGGCCCCCCCAGCCCCAGCCCCGCGGGGGGGGGCACAGACCAGCUCAGCAAAACCAACCUCUACAUCCGGGGGCUGCCCCCGGGCACCACAGACCAGGACCUGGUGAAGCUGUGCCAGCCCUAUGGGAAGAUCGUCUCCACCAAAGCCAUCCUGGACAAGACAACCAACAAGUGCAAAGGCUAUGGUUUCGUCGACUUCGACAGCCCCACUGCGGCACAGAAGGCAGUGACAGCGCUCAAGGCCAGCGGGGUGCAGGCGCAGAUGGCCAAGCAACAGGAGCAGGAUCCCACCAACCUGUACAUCUCGAACCUGCCGCUGGGGGUGGACGAGCAGGAGCUGGAGGCUCUGCUGAAACCCUUCGGUCAGGUCGUGUCCACCCGGAUCCUGCGGGACCCGCAUGGGGCCAGCCGCGGAGUGGGGUUCGCACGGAUGGAGUCCACGGAGAAGUGCGAGGCUGUCAUCACCCACUUCAAUGGGAAGUACAUCAAGACCCCCCCCGGGGUGCCAGCCCCCCCGGACCCACUGCUCUGCAAGUUCGCGGAUGGAGGCCAGAAGAAGAGGCAGAGCCAGAGCAAGUUCGUGCCCAACGGGAGAGCCUGGGCCCGGGAUGGUGAUGCGGGCACAGUGACCUUGGCCUAUGACCCCGCUACAGCGCUGCAGAACGGGUUCUACCCUGCCCCCUAUGGCCUGGCCCCCAGCCGGAUGAUCGCCCCCACGGCGCUCGCCCCAUACCUGCCCUCCCCUGUGUCUUCCUACCAGGUCCAUGGUCCCGCCUGGAUGCACCCCUCGUACCUGGUGCAGCCCACGGGCGCGGUGCUGGCCCCCGCUGUGGACCACGCUGUCCCCCUCCAGCCCUCGGUGGUGGCCCCCCUGGCCCAGCAGCUCGGGCACCUCUCACUGGGCAGCGCCGGCACGUACGUACCGGCCGCCGUCCCCGGAGCCUUCAUCCCACCGUACCCACCGGUGCCGCCUGCCCUCCCGCUGGAGGACGGCAGCGCUGCCCCGACCCACGGCCCCAUCGAGUCACCGUCCGAGCCUGGCGCCUUCCCCUACCCCUACCCCAAGUAA